CGUUUUUAAAAUUUCCUGUGAUUUCAAAAUGACAUAAUUAUAUAAAAAUAAUAGAUCAAAUAUCAAUUGCGCCGUCGAUCUAGAAAUGUAACCGGUACCUUAGCCGCAGCGAAAUAUUUAUGCUCUGAACACUGUCAUGGAAUAAACUUUUGACAGCGGUUUGACUUGGGUGACACAUUUGCCAAAAUAUGUCAGAAAAUUUGCAAAAACGGCCCGUGAAGGGUAUUUUAAAAAAUUCCAGUAGUUUCGAUAAGCAGGACUCGCAGCCUUCGGCGAAAUUGAAUUCCAGGAAAUCGAAGGAGACGAAAUGGGACGAGAUGAACAUAAUAGCGACGCUGCAUCCGCCCGGGAAGGACUACGGCCACAUGAAAAUCGAUGAACCGAAAACCCCAUAUAGUUACGACGUUGAUAUGGACAAUAUCGACGGCCUAGACGCCAAAGAUCUUGCGGAGAAGAUCCGAAUAGGUGCAGAUCGGCCUCCCAAAGUUUUGGAACCGUCAUUUGAAAGUUCGGAAGACGAAGAGGAGGAAGAAUUGACGGAAGAGGAGAAACAACGGAGGAGGGAAUUCGAAUUGAAAAGAAAAAAACACUAUAAUGAGUUUCAUGCGCUGCAGCUGGCCAAGAAAUUACUCGAAGAGGAGGAGGAAGAUGAAGACAAUGAGGAUACGAACGAAAACGGUAGCGGGAAUAGAUGUUCCGGCUCUUGCAUAUGAAUUUUAAAAUGUAGGUGUUGCAGUUUUUGGUUUUUACAAGGGCCACAUUUAAAAUAUUAGAUUUCGACAAUGACUUUGGCAUUGCUGAGAUGUAAUAUACAAGAAAACUAUUUUUGAUUCGUAGAUUCAGAACAUAUUGAAAAAUUGGAGUGUCGAGUUGUUUUCCAUCGUAUUAUUUAUAUUUUUUCAGCGGCCCGUUAAAAAAUCAAAUUUUUAAGUGGGACAUGUAACGCGGAAAAUUAACUCGAAAUUUUCCCGACAACCUGACAUUUAGACUAUUACUCUUUACAAUGUAAACUUUGAUCAUGUGUUGUUUAUUUAUACAGUAUAUUUUAUUUUAUUGCAGUUUAAAAGGGAUAUGUUUUUGAUUUUUAUUUUCAUUAGUGGUAUAUUUGCUUUGUUUCAUCAGGAUUUGUUUCACAUUUAACGAGCGGCAAUGGGUUGUAUUUCCACGUUAAUAUAUAUAUUUGGCUGUGCAUUGUUGUUCGCUUAUUCAGACUUUAUAAAUAUUUGUUGUUUCCAACUAUCGUGAGGCAGCACUUUUGCUUAGCUUUUUUUCGUUUCUGUUGACUUAGAUUACCUAGAAAACGUGUAAGUCGGUGAGAAUUUGGAAAAUUUUGAUGUGCCAAUGAAUAUUUUGUUAACUGAUAUAGAUAUAGGCAGGCACAACAAAUAUCAAAAAACAUGAUAUAGGUAGGUAUGUCGGUGUUUUAAACUGUAAAACUUAAACUGCUUCGAGAUAAAUUUAGGUUAAUAUUUGUUAAAUGGAACUGUUUCCUAAAAGAGAUAACAUAUUUAUUUUAAUUUGCUAGAGUAAGUUCAUAUAAGUACAAUAAUGAAUUUAGAGAGCGGAUAACAUUAUAUUUAAAACGAAUGAAAUACGUGUGCAUAUUGAAUACAAUAA